AUGUUGACUGACCAGCAUAACCACGGACAAGGCGGCCGAGGCACUAGCUUACUUACACGGCAUUCAAAGCUUAACACCGUUGCCCUUAGCAAAUGUGCCUCAAAUGUGCCUAAGAGGCUUCUGAUAUAUAAAACUAACUGGCACUGGCUGGAUGCAACAUCAGUACUUAUGUCCCGGAUUAACAGCAGCAGUGUAAGACUGACUAUUUCAAGCCGUAUGAAUACCUGUACCCACGCUAAUAGGCUACCACUUCUCAUCGACAAGAGUCCUGCUUGUGUGAUCGGUAAGAGUCAACCCACAACAGUGGCUGAACACCCCGGGGGUACAUUGAACGUCUUUACACCAUCCCUAUGCAGAACAUGCGCCGAUUCGGCCAUCAGCGAACCAGCUAGUGAUCAGCUUAGAUCAUCUAGCGGGUGUAGAUGUAGAGCGCCAACUAUUACCAUCACUCCGCUCGGCGAGCAAGAACAGCCCUCUAGUGACGAAAAAUGCCACCUACCAAUCCCCAAACUUGCCGUGGCCGGCUUUAAUGCUACAGCUAUGGACUUGCCUGAUGCUAUAUCUAUGGAGAGUGGCUCUGUUGUAGAUGUGCCGUUUGGUGAAACAUUUGACAACGUUGCAUAUAGCCUCAAUGCUACAUAA